GUUAACAAUUAGCGCCGGAGCACGCAGGUCAUCGCCAGGCCGACCUCAUUAUGUAGAGCCUGGGUCUGCCACGGUUUAUUCUUUGUCAUGCAUUUUGGAGCUUUGAGCCAUGGACCAAAUUUUGUGGUAAACACUUUCCAUUAAGACGCCGCUUUGGCUUGCAGGACCUGCAUUCUUCAUUCCCGAAGGUCUCCCUUGCUGUUUCGUUUGAUGAUGCCCGGGCGCUUUGCUAGAAGCUGGACAUCAAACCAGUCAGACCUCAACGCCCCAUCGAGCGCCAUCUUUCCAGAAUGAACUCGUGAUACAGAUUUCCACCACAUCAGGACCAUCGAGGUCGGAAAAACUCUCUCCGGUUCGGAGCCCCGAGGCCCUUCUAUAAACAAGCCGGCGAUCCAGGCGUGCAGGCUGCAAGGACCUGUGACCAACCGAACCCCCGACACUCACUAUCCGCAGUCCAUCUCACCACCAGCGGCGGUCAAGAUGAACACCCGAACGCCCCUCGAGAACCCCAGUGCAACUGUUGUUCUCUCCAUUGCCUUUAACGACGACUGCAGCUGCUUCGCUGUCGGACUUAAUACGGGGUUCUGCAUCUUUCACUCAGAGACAUGCUCGCUGCGAACGGCACGAGACUUCAACGCCGGCGUGGGCCUGGUCCAAAUGAUGGGCAAGGCUAACUACGUGGGCCUCGUCGGAGGAGGGAGACAGCCAAAGUUCGCCGCCAACAAGCUCAUCAUCUGGGAUGACCUCAAGAGCAAGGCAGCGCUAGAAAUUAGCGCCCUGACCCCUGUGCGAGGCGUACAGCUGUCUAAAGAACACAUUGUAGCCGUGCUGCAAAACAGCGUCCGCGUCUACAAGUUCGCCAAGCCACCCAGCCUGCUCUCGGCGUACGAGACAGCCAACAACCCCUGGGGACUGUGCUGUUUGUCUCCCAAGAGGCUUGCCUUCCCGGGGAGGACGACGGGCCACGUCCAGUUGGUCGAGAUAGCAACCGGAAACGUCAGCAUUAUUCCCGCACACACAUCAGCCGUCAAGGCCAUCCAGUUGAGUCCAGACGGCGAGCUCCUGGCUACAGCGAGCGAGACGGGCACCCUGAUCCGCAUCUUCGCAACCAGCAGCUGCGCCCGGCUGGUGGAGCUCCGGAGAGGCAUCGACCCGGCCACCAUAUUCUCGCUGGCCUUCAACCCGUCCGGCACACUGCUCGCCUGCACAUCAGACAAGUCGACCCUGCACAUCUUUGACGUGCCACACCCCACCAAGCGGGCCGGGUCCCAGCAGCAGCAGCAACACCAACAAUUCCAACAACAACAACAGCAGCAGCAGCAAAACGGGGGACCGUCUGAUGGCAGCGGCGGUGGCGACGGCAGAGGCAAGUGGGGUAUCCUCUCCAAGAUCCCCAUGAUGCCGCGCAUGUUCUCGGACGUCUACUCGUUCGCGUCGGCGCCGUUCGAGGUGGACGACGACAAUAGCGAGGAGAGCGGCGGCGGUCGCGGGGUGAAUAUUGGCGGGCUGCUGCCCGUGUCGGAGAGCACGACGCUGGGCACGUCGAAGCCGCCCAAGGGGGUGGUUGGCUGGGUGGGCGAGGAUACCCUGCUGGUGGUUGGCGCGGGCAAGGACGCGCGGUGGGAGAGGUUUGUGGUGCGUGAGGCCUCGGACGGGCGGAGGCAUUGUGUGAGGGAGGGCUGGAAGCGGUAUCUUGCUAAUCCCUAAGUGCUUUUCUGUAUCUGGGUUUUCAGGUGUUUAUGGGGGUGGUUUGUGGAUAGGAGUUGGACGGGUAAUGCAUCAGGUGCUCAGACGGUUUUGAGUUGGGGUCACACGGUAGGCUGGGAAUGUGAUUGUUAGAUAUCAGCAGUUGGCUCAUUUUUUACGCUCCGUUCUUCUACUGCUUGUUGGGUAUCUCAAUAUUCGGCGCAUUCUCGUCCAGUCCG